AAAUAAAUAAAUUCAAAAAAAAAUAAAGAAAAUACUUCUUAAACAAAAAAAAAACAUUCUUUCAUUAAAUCUUUCAAAAUGAAUAAAUCAAUACUUUUAAUUGCUUUUGUUUUAUUUGCUGCUUAUGCAAAUGCUUAAACAUGUGGUACUAACGCAUCAUCAGUUUCAGGAACAUGUUUGUGUAAUCAAGGAUAUUAUGGUACUAGUGCUGCAUAAGGUUAAACUUGUACUUAAUGCCCUACUGGAACUACUACUGCUGCUCCCUCUACCACAUCUAACACUAUGGCCGGUGCUGAUGUUAGUGCCUGCACUUAAUGCUCAGCUAACUACUAAAUGACUGCCGUCGCUGCUGCUGCAGCUGCUCCUGCACCUGCUGCUGCUGCUACAUGCGUUGCUUGUCCUAAUAAUAGUGGAAAUACUGGAGCCACUGUUGUUGGUGAUCUUUCAUAAUGCAACAUUUGCAAAGCUGGUUAUUAUUAAACUACUGCUGCUAGUACUGGAGUUGCUUCUGCUUGCUAACAAUGUCCUAGUGGUACUUCAGUUGCUGGCUCUACAUCAUCAACUGCUUGUACUUCUAGUACUACAAGCUCAAAGAUGCUUUUUGCUUCAUUAGCUAUUUUAAUUACAUCUUUAUUAGCUUGA